GCUAUCGUCCAUGAUCGCUGGUAGGGGCUGGUAGGUGUUCUGUGCUAGUACUGUAUAUGCUCAACCGUCGCUUCUAAAUAAGGGACCUUAUUCUAAAAAUUAAACCCCUUGGUCAAUGCCUUGCCUUGAACUAGAUGCCAUAUGAGGAACUCUAUGAUGAGGAGAAGUGCCUGUGCUGUGAUGAUGUCAGUGGUGUUCGCCCGCAGCACGAUAGUUUAGGUGUUCUGUGACCGCACGUCGCGUGGGGACUCUUUCGGCUUGUUCAUCUGCGAUGGAGAGGACGCCGGAAGACGACGCUUCUUCGCCAGCUGAAAUAUCCGCCGAAGCGAUAAGUCCUAACCCGGCCAUCGCUGGCGUUGCGAAGGUUAGCAAAACCGAGCGCUUUCGCGAAUGGCGACGUCGCGUCUUGAACACCGACGAGGCGCGAGCCAGAGAGGCUGAACGCAAGCGUCGGCAUCGGAAGGCCAACAACACCGAGGAGGCGCGAGCCAAGGAAGCCGAACGCAAACGUCUUCAGCGCCUCCGCAACAUCGACGAGACGCGAGCCAAGGAAGCCGAGUGGAAGCGCCGACAGAGGAAGGCCAAAGCCGGCAAAUCCUCGACAUCGUCGGCAACGCCUCGAAAGCGCCGGGCUCCGCCGGCCGAUCUAGAAGCGUAUCGACGCCGCAACGCCGAUCGCGUUCGCGCAUGGCGCGCCAAGAACGCCAGGGCCGACGCCAAACAGCGUUUCCUCGAGACAGCGCUGUACCAGCUCCUCCAGCAGGUUGGGAACAAGGUACAGUGCGAGGAUCGUGACGUUGCCGACGCGCACGGCAACGUACUCGAAGCAGGAUCGUCUUACGGAUCGUUCUUUCAGGUCGACGUUCAACCUGUGACGUCACCCGUGCGCAACGCUGCUGCUUCGAAUUCCAUCAGGGUUCCCUCUGCGGAGAUGGUUCAAUCCCGGCAAUGUGUCCGUUGUCCUCGUAGGCGCACGAUUACCACGCAAACAGCCCCGUACCAAUCAAGAGUUGGCGUGCAGGCGUCUACAUUGGCCGGGGGAUGGAAUGUUGGUGUACAGACUCGCACCUUCAGCAUCUCGGUGGGAACUCAAACCAAGGCCUGGUGCUCAGCCACGGGCUCAACCCAGAAAAGCCAGCAUAACGCUGCUUCUUCAUUGGAUCAAAUGCGCGACUGCAGCGCCCAUGAACCGUUCCCCUCCAGCUCGCUGACAAAGUGCGGCGAACAUGAUAUUCACACCAACUAUGGAUGAUGUGAUUACCUGCUGAAGACCUUGGUUUCAAGAUGUGCUUUCGUGACGCCACACACCUUGGCCAAUUCUGUGGCACUUCCUGUGAAAAGGAGUACCGAGUCGUCGCCUGGCAGUGCGAUCAGUUCCAGGGAUCCUGUUGAUUGCGUGCUGCCAAACUACGCAUUGGUAGUUCAGGACGUGGAGGAAAGAAGCGUCAACAGAGCACAGAUGCCAUCAGCGAUUCCCGUCAAUAAAAGGGCAAAAACACCGUCCUUAUUUCCGUGCCUUGGCACUAAGCCUCUCA